AUGAACACGCUUGACUUCGCUGAUGACAUGCAGAGCGUCUAUUUCAACGACUGGAAUGAUCUAAUCAGCGUCUCGCUUGGCGGUGCAUCCUUCUCGCGGACAAAGCUCUGGACAACGACAAUGCCCCAGCUUACCCGCCAUAAUCCCGCGCUGCGACACGCCGCUAUCGGCAUCGGCGCCAUAAGCAGAGCGUUUUCUGCCCAAGGCCCCUACGUCGUCGCAAGGAAUUUUACAAACAUUGCCAAUUUGCUGCAAAGCCCACACUACCAGAAUGCCGUCGUGCACUACUGCCAGGCACUGCGCCUCCAGGGCCAAGCUGACUUCCAAACUGCUAGUAUCCAAGAGGCAGUGCUGCUGUCAAUUCUGUUCGUGGCCUUUGAGGCCCUGCGCGGCAAUCGACACUCGGCACUUCAGCACGUCAAGUUUGGCUUUAUGCUGCUGCAAGAGCUCUUGACAAGCGAAGAUUCGGAACAACGGAUUUGGAAUCUCGCCCCUGACCCCAGGGAACUCAUCACCGAAGUCUUGGAUAUGUACAACCAUCUCGACGUGCAGAGUCGCACCGUCCUCAGCGGUCCUGUCAAGUCGAGCCGUUCCCCCGCCUAUGAACUUAUCAAAGGCCUCAAAGCCCGCGGGCACACUAUCGAAACCUACAGCAUGCAGAUCCAGCGGUAUACAGAUCCUGGAGAAGGGCGAAAGGACAUGCCAGAGGCGUUUCAUGACGCCGAAGAAGCACAUACAUGGUGGAAGGCCUGUCAGCGACGGAUCGCCAAGCUGGGCCCGCUGCUUCUCAGCGUUAUUGACGAUCUCAAGUUCGAUGAUGUCAGGGACGAGCAAGGUGUUGAGAGAAUCCUCGAAUUCAUGCAAAACCAACCGGAGCUAGGGGCGUACUGCGAAAAGUCUGUCGCAAAUCUGCAGCAAUGGCGGCAAUCCUUCGAGCCAUUGUACAACAGAACUCUGUCCGACAUUAAUAUCGACAGGAAGGAGUACCUGAAGAUCCUACACCUGAGGAUGCACUACCUUGUCAUGUUCGUUUACAGCUUCUUUCCCAAGUACGCCGACGAAGCAACAGUCAACUCUAUGACGCCAUACUGUCGCGAGAUCAAUGAUGUAGUCGAGACACUCCUUCGCGAGCAGCAGAAGGAGUUCAAGUCGGCUGCGCACGUCUUUUCGAUGGAGUUUGGGCUCGCGUGGCAGCUCACCAUCGUGGCUAUGAUGUGCCGCGAUCCGCUCGUGAGGCAAAACUCGACGCGCAUCCUCGAGACAUACCCCAGAAGAGAAGGGCUGUGGGAUAGCAUGGCAUUCCUAGCCAUGCUACAGAAGAAUCGGGAGCUGGAGGCGGAAAACGCAAAGGAGGGCACACCAGCGGAGCAGUGGAGGCGGUUGUGCCGCCGGGAGUUCAUCUUUGAGGAUGCUGGGGAGACCAUCAUUUUCCGGUCACUAAAGAAGAACGAGGCAAAUGGGACGUGGGACCUCGUGGAAGAGGCUGCCGAGUUCAAAGGUGAGGUCGAGGGGUUGGAGUGGAAGACAAGGCCGCUGAGUGGGACAGGCUUCAUGAUGUCUGGUACGGUAUGA